AUGUCGGCAUCAUUGGCGACGGAGUGUAAUGAGGUCAAGGAACGCUACGACAGCUGCUUUUUAAAAUGGUAUAGCGAAACUGUUCUUUCGUCAGCUCUGAUUGAGGGAUACAACUCACCGGUCGUUAAAGAAGCUCAAGACAGAUAUCCACGAGACAAUCUGCGUGAAAUGAUCACAGCUGACACGAGCCCUACAGAAUACCUCCGCGGCACGGCAACAUCAGAUGAAUGCGAACCUCUGUUUGCAAAGUACAAGCAAUGUCUAAGUCGCGCACUAAAGGACAGAGGUAUCGACAAGAUGCUUGAUGAAGCACGAGCGGAUAAUCGCGAAAACGAUCUCGAGAAUAUGAAACCUAGUUGAGGAGGUAUAAGCUCAAUCCUCUUUGGCACCUGUACUUUUACGAUAUACCUGUUCUCCUCUUGGCGCAUACCCAUACAUCUCACUCUUCAUCAAAUGUCACAGAUUCAGAUUCAAGUUUUUAAAUGAUUGUGUGGUGAUUGUAAUAUGUCAUGUAGGAGAGCAAAUAAAGCAAAGAAACCUAGAAUUCCACAGAGAUAAUCAAGAUGAAUACCUGUCCCAACCAUUCCACCCAGUCCCAUCCCCGAAAAACGAGUACCCAACAAAA